AUGGCCGACGAAAGCCAACCGAGAGCCGUGAACACGGCAUUUGCGCCUCCACCGCCAUUAUGGAAGCACUUUGUGCCCGAGAAUAUUGAGAAGUUGGACAAAAUCAAGGCCGACGCAUCCAAGGGCGAAGAUGGACGACCUAACAAGAAGAAGCAAUGGUCUGCAGCAGACUUACGCUCUCUUGAGCUGCCAUCGGAGCUUCGCUACCUCGUUCCCCCUGAUAUUCCAGAAGGCCAAUAUAGUGUCUUUGGCGAAUUACAAGCUCUGUCAACCGCAUUGCCAUCGCUGAAAGAACAAGGAAUCGAUCAACUCUACCCAGAACCUUCCGCCCCUACAGCCGAUCAAGACUCACAGCCAUCCCCUCUCAACCACGCAUACUACCUCCUCAAGAUCAGCAAGUCCCUGCUCCUCAACUUUCUGGAAUUCGUGGGUACUCUAUCAGUAUCCCCGGAGCAGUUUGAAUCCAAAGUGCAAGACUUGCGCAAUCUGUUCAUUAAUGCGCAUCAUCUUCUCAACUUAUACCGUCCUCACCAAGCCCGAGAAUCUCUUAUUAUGAUGAUGGAAGACCAACUCAAUCACAGCCGAGAGGAAAUCAAGCAAAUGGACAAGGUCAAAGCAGACGUCGAGAGCUUGCUGGAACAGUUGCAGGCAGAAGGUCGUCGGGCCGUGCCUAGCGAGUCAGAAGAGGACAACGAUCAGGCCAAGAAUCUGAAAGAGAAGGCUGAUGAACACUCCCGCCUAAUUUGGGAAUUGCUGGACAAAGAGAACUGA